UGUUUCGUACACAAAACGCAGUGCAGUAUGGGAAUGAAAAUGGAAGGUUUAAGGUUGGAAGGUUGACUUGCUGUUGCUGCAUUCAGAAAACAACAUAAUGCAAAGGAUGAUUUUGUUUGGUGGUGCUUUGAGGGAGAUUGUGGUGCGGUCAGGCGGACUUCAGGCGCACUAUUUUCUAUGUACAAGCAGGACUCGGAUUAAAACACACUCUCAAACUCGAGCUGCCAGCAGUACAGCACACUUUAGCUGUUACAGAUUACCACACAGGACUGUCCUCAAUGUAUCUGGACAAGACACGAGCUCAUUUCUUCAAGGAAUAAUCACCAAUGACAUGAAUCUUCUGGGAGAGGAUUCACUGAAUGCCAUGUACGCUCACGUGCUCAAUGUUCAAGGCAGGACACUGUACGACAUCAUCCUUUACAGUUUAAAAGGAAACCCAGAUGGACUCAACGGUGUACUUCUGGAGUGUGACAGCACAGUGCAGGACUCUGUUAUGCAGCUUCUGAAAGUCUACAAGAUACGUCGCAAAGUGAACCUCAGCGUAUGUCCGAGUCUCUCGCUCUGGGCUCUGCUACCUCACAGUAAAGAAGCUGUCCUGGGAAGGCCUGAUGUUACCACUACUGAUAAAGUGCUGGUUUUGGAGAAAGACCCAAGAACUGAGCUCAUGGGCUGGAGAAUGAUCACCAGCGCUCAGGACAAUCCACUGGACAUUGUGUCUGCUUGUCGACUGGGCAACACUGAAGAAUACCACAGGCAUCGCUAUGAGAUUGGACUGCCUGAAGGAGUCGGAGAUCUUCCCCCAGGUGAGGCUCUUCCACUGGAAGCCAAUCUGGUCUACAUGCAGGGAAUCAGCUUCAGCAAGGGCUGCUACAUCGGGCAGGAGCUGACGGCCAGAACUCACCACACCGGCGUGAUAAGAAAGCGUCUGAUGCCUGUCAGCUUAUCUGCUCCAGCCGAGAAGCUCAACCAGGGGUCAGCUCUUCAGACAGAGGGAGGAAAACCAGCAGGUAAAUACAGGACAGGAGUGGACAAGCUGGGACUGAGCCUCGUACGCCUGGCUCACGCCAAAGAAACACUCCAGCUCAAAUCAUCUGGUGACGAGACGGUGACUGUACUAGCCUCUGUGCCCGACUGGUGGCCAAAAACCCCCCAAGAGAAAUAAAUCACAAACACUAGAAAUGUAAGAGUGUCAUAUUUGAAGCCAGAACAUUUACACAGAGGUACCGAUUGACACCUUGAAAUAAAAGAAGUUUCUUUGGGUUGAUCUUCUAAAAGAGUUCACAUUGCAAUUGUAUGGAGCCCCUUCUCGGGAACAUGCAGAAUAUACUGACACUGAGGAAAACUGUUGAAUAAAGUUACACAGAUUACCACCUGUCAACAGUGUUGGGCAAGCUACUUGAAAAAUGUAGUGAGCUAAGCUAAAAGCUACAUGGCAAAAGUAGCUUAGCUACAUCUAAGCUAAUUUUACAAUUUUCAUUUUUUUAAUUGAAGCAACUUAAAUCCCAAGUCAAUUAUUUUAGUGAUCAAUAAAACUGCCAAUGUAACAUAUGAGGCAGAAUAGUUCAGUUCAGUUAUUUACUGUAAAUAAUAUGCUGUACUAAACAAACAUUAUGGUAUAUAACAUCUAAAAAAUAAAAUAAAAUAAAAAAUCCAA